AUGGCUUCUGGUGGGCAGCCACAGUUCCGGUACACGCAGCCGCCGUCGAAGGUGCUCCACCUGCGGAAUCUGCCAUGGGACUGCACUCCUGAGGAGCUGGUCGAGCUGGGUACCCCCUUCGGCAAGGUCGUCAACACCAAGUGCGGCGUCGGCGCCAACCGCAAUCAAGCAUUCAUCGAAUUCGCUGACCAAAAUCAAGCAAUUGCCAUGAUAUCAUAUUACGCAUCGUCAGCAGAGCCAGCACAGGUAAGAGGGAAAAAUGUGUACCUUCAGUACUCCAAUAGACAGGAGAUUAUCAACAACAAGACAACUGGGGAAGGUUCAGGCAACGUUUUGCUUGUGGGAAUGGAGGGUGUGGCGCCAGAUUCUGUCAGCAUUGAUGUUCUACACGUGGUAUUUUCUGCUUUUGGAUUUGUUCAUAAGAUAGCUACCUUUGAGAAAGCAUCUGGUUAUCAGGCAUUAAUUCAGUUUUCUGAUGCUGAAACUGCAACAUCUGCAAAAGCUGCACUGGAUGGUAGAUGCAUUCCUAGCUAUUUGCUACCAGAACUGGAUGGGGCCUGCACUUUGAGAAUAACCUAUUCAGCACACAGUGUUCUCAACGUCAAGUAUCAGAGCCACAGGAGUAGGGACUUCACUAAUCCUUACCUUCCUUUUCUGGACUCUGCUAAAGAUGGCUCUGGAGUGGAUGGGAAAAAGCAGGAAGCAGAGAGCAAUAUACUGCUUGCAUCUGUUGAGAACAUGCAAUAUGUUGUUACAAUAGAUGUGCUUCAUGAGGUCUUUUCAGCUUUUGGAUUUGUACAGAAGAUUGCUAUUUUCGAGAAGAAUGGCUUCCAAGCAUUGAUCCAGUAUCCAGACAUUCAAACUGCGGUUGCAGCAAAAGAAGCACUAGAAGGACACAGCAUCUAUGAAGGUGGCUACUGCAAACUGCACCUCACAUUUUCACGCCAUACUGAGCUUAACGUUAAGGUUAACAAUGAGCGAGGUAGAGAUUAUACCAAGGGGAGUGUCACUCCAAGCAGUGAUCAACCUUCCAUUCUUGGUCCUCAGCCGAUACCAAACGUUGGUGCUGCCAUUCCACCAGCACAGGGUAGUGUACCUUCUGCAGCCACCAAUUCAGUAAUGCCACCAGGAGAUCCAUCAGUCGCUGUACCUUCUAAUCCUUCCAGUGAGCCACUCCUGCAAGCACCUGUUGUUUCCUUGGGUGGACCUGCACAGUACCCUAGCCAGGCCAUCCUACAAGCCCCACCUGGUGUUGCUCCACAGUUCCCAGGCUAUGGUGCCCUGCAGUUUGCUCAGGGCUCAGCUCAAGCUCAAAUGGUGCAGCCUUCAGGCCAAGGAAGUCAACAGAUGUCAAGUCAUGUAAACUAUCAGCUACCUCCAGGUUCAGCCCAAUUCAUGCAGUAUCUCGGCAACGGAAGCCAUCCACUUCCAAACGCACCUGGGCCACAAACAAUGCCUUACCCUGCCCUCGGUGGGCAGCAGCUACCGCCGGGUCCUCAGAUGAUGCAAGCUCCAGGUUUUGGAGGCCUGCCGUUUUCACAAGGUCCAGGACAACCAAUGCCACAGUUCCCAAUGUAUGGUACCCAGCAGUUUCCUCCGGGUAUGGAGCCCCAGAUGAUGCGCUUCCCUGAUCAGCGAGGCCAGCAGUUUACAUUUGCACCUCGGGGUCCAUAUGGUCAUUAG